AUGUCUGAACCGCUUACACUGAUCUCGCAUUUAGAAGAGAUCCAGCACUGCUUGAAAAAGUUCAGCCAGUUAGGAGAGAACAAAUACGAAAAUAUUACCUCCAAAAUAGACGACCUUUGCGAGAAAAGCCAGAAGUGAUACACCAGCAAGAUAAAUUACCUCGCGAUUGCUAGUAAAGUGAACGAUGGUGCUGAAAAGGCCAAAAGUUUACUGUUUGAUAAGGAAAUCACUAAUAUUUACUCCUAUUCUGUGAUCACACAGAUUAAGGAAAUGCUCAAGUUGUUCAAGAAUGAUCCUUACUCUUUUAGAAUGAUCAUUAGAGAUGUGAUACUUAAUUGGAAACGUGACGAGCAGAUAGAACUUUCAGAGUGUCUUGUCAACUGUUUCCUUUGCCAACAUGAUUCCUCAUUUCCCCUAUUUCCUCUUGCUGAGAGAUUAUAUGACAUCAUUGACGUUGAUAUGCAAAUUUUGAGUGAGAAAGGAAGGCUAGACUCUUUCUUGUAUUCAUCAUUCUCGAUGAGAAUAUUUGAUCAAAUCUCCAAGCUUCCAGAAAGUCAAAACUACAUUAAGCAGACUAUGGGAAAAAUAUUUGAAAAACUUGACUUAGACUAUCUUGAAACAAUAGAUCUCGAAGAUGCAGCCUUCAAUCUCAAACUGUUCCAAAAGAAGGGUUCUACUGAAGUGGAAGAGGACCAGAGUAACAGAGAAUUCGAUAUUAUGUCCAGUAUGGCUUCCUCACGUAAGGAUAGUGAGAACUCCAACACUGAGUCAGACUUUAUACUGCCUUUACAUAAGGUCAAAAGUACUAACGAAGGUAGGCCUACGAGUAAGCUGCCUUAUCAGUUAUCACAGAAUCUUGAGUUAGAUGAAGAUUCAAAGUUCCUAGAUAUUCCUGGUAAUCAAGCCUAUCAUAGAACUGUUAGUAUCUCUGAUGCUAAGGGCUAUUCUGAGAAAGAUAUCCUCAAGAAAAUUAAAGACCUUAAGGAUAAACUUGACUUCUCAAAAUUGAUCCUUAAGACUAUACUUAAUGCACUCUACGUAACACAGAAGUAUGUUCCUAUGAUAAUUAGGAUUUUUCUAAAGAGCAUCAGCGAAUUAUAUCAAAAACAUAAUAGAAUCAAUUGAGCUUUCUACAACAAAUCAAUGGCCGAUCAAUCAGAUAACUCAGGGGCAAGAGAUGGAUUCAAGAUUAAGAACGAACUAUACAGACUUCUUGUUGAGAUACUUGCUUCUAAAUGGCUUGUCAACUCAAUCUUUAUUCAUCCUGACCAUAGUGGCUUGAUAACAAACAGAAGAAUUUUGAAGCUUAAUGAUAUUUUUCUAAAAUACUCUAAAAUUUUCAUUCAUUCUUUAAGAGGUCCAGCACCUGGUAAGAACACAAUGGAGGAAAGUUUCAUGACUCUGUUCCACAAUUUCAUCGAAGACCAGCACAAGCAUGGUAAAAGAUUCGUUAAAUCGAUUCUGAACAUCUCAAUUGGAGAAAUAAUCCCGAAAGGAAUUAGGACAGACCAAUGUGAUGAGUUUAACCAAAAUAUCCAUCUGAGAAAAUACAGGGAAAGCCCUCUACUUGAUGUAUACUGAAUUUCUGAAGGCUUAAUUCACAAGCUGUUCUACAGCUAUUCUUCCCAGAAGGAUAACAUUAAGAACUCCAAGUUGGAGAAUGCUAUUACAACACUUGAGUGUCUUGAAGAAUACGAGAAAAUGUUUACCAAACGAAUCGACUCCCUUAAACAGAUAGAAGAAGAGGUACAAGAACACCCAACUGACGAGUUUGACAUAAACAUUUUUGAGGAAGAUAAUCCUAAAGAAAAUACUGAAAAACUACUCAAAUCUGUCACUAAAGAAAUGAAUGAAAUUUCUGGAAAGGAAGCCGACCGGAGUGAUUCUAUGAACCACCAGAAUGACCCUACCGCCAAAGGGGUUUAUGAUAUUUACUUCUAUCUUGCUGAUAACAAGAAAUACCAGAAAGCGAAUGGGAUCCAAUUCAUUACGGAUAGAUUUAUCAAAAAGUACAAGGAAUAUGUCAAGAAUUUCAAACCGAUAGAAGAUCAAUCUGAAGCUAAUCCACAAUCUCAUAUACCCCCAUUUGAGGAGAACAAGGAAUCUUUUACUGAAGAGCUUGAAAAAGAUAUCGAAAUUAAAUAAAAUGAAAUUUGAGAAAUUUAUGCUUCUCCUGCUACUUGGAAGCUGAGAACUCAAAUAUAACUACUCUCUUAGAAGCAAAUAUGCUAAUGACUUCAAAGAGAUUAUCAGCAUGAUCAAGAUCAACAAGAUAAAUGAGCUCAAAAGGCUAAAUAAGACAUGUGUAAACUACGAGAUUCUUGUAGACAUGGUAAAGGACCCUGUUGAUAUUAAAUCUUUCAUCCUAACUUGUCUCCCUGAGCUUAAAUAAAGAAACAGACAAGAUUUUACAAGAAGCUGACGGGUUGCUUUACGAUAUCCAAAACUCCUGUGAAAGACUUGAUUUACAAAUAGAAAUGCUCAAAUCAGAUCUCGAGAAUCUUGAUUUUAUAAUCUGCAAUGAAAUUAGGAUGAAAUUCAUCCAACAAACAGACAUUCCUGUCUGAAUACAAUAUUUUGCCAAUUCAAAUGCUUUCAAAGUUGUUGACACCAAGAAAUGAUCAGAAUGUCUCCGAAGGAGACAGAUGGCCAAGCUGUCGAUGUCAAAGAAAAUCUCUGCCCACGACAUCUACUUUUCCUCCUCACCUCGUCUUCGAGAGACCGAAACCGAAAGAGAUGAAGAUAGUGAGCCUAGCGAAGAAAAUAAAAAUAUGAGGCACGAGUCCUUCAAAAGAAUAGAUCCCUUCAUGGCUAAAUUCUUUGAACUGCCUAUUUUCGAAAAUACAGAGGCAGACCCAAUCAAAGAGCUUGAAGCAAUUUCAGAAACUUAUCAGAAAUAUUUAGAGAAAAUUAAAGAAAAAGUUUGUGAUGAGCCUCAAAUGAGGAAUACUAUUGAAGAGAAUGUAGCCUGAAUUAACAACUUGAUCUCAACGAAGUAUGCCAAAUAUGAGAAGAUUAGACCAAAGAUCAAGAACCUUGACUUUGAAAUGAACCAAAAGUUCUAUGAAAUCAGGUACACUGAUUUUGUACCCAAGAAACUUAACCAUUCUGUAUGGAAAAAGCCAAUAAAAGAGCUGAAAAAUAUGUCCUUUGAGGAGUCUCCUCACCAGAAGAUGACUGCAUUAAUAAAGUGAUUGACUGCCAUAUCCAGAGCUUACCUGCUCCUUUCAGAUCAAAGUGAUGAAGUAACAGCAGAUGACAUACUGCAAUUCUCUUCAUUCAUAUUUAUAAAGUCUGGAAUCAACGAUUUAGCUGGAUACUUAGAAUACAUAAAAGCCUUCCAUUAUACUCCGAAAGAUGAGAUGCAAGGAAUUGGCCAAUACUGUUUCAUCACAGCUCAGAGCUGCCUUGAGUACCUCAAAAAGAUGAACUUGCAGGAAAUCAGCUACGAUCAUGAGAGCACGAUGGACUUUGAAAUAACUUUUGGAACUCCUGACGAGUUCACUAUCACGAGAGGUACAAUUCUUGGAUAGACAUAAUUCUUCAAUACAGAUUUUCUAA